AUGUCAUCAGUUCGUGGUAUCACUGAUGAGGUCCCCGAGACCCCGCAGCCAAAUGCAGUGGAGCGACGAGAGGACGAUGCUUCUUCUUCAUCCCCAGAGAGUACCCACGAAGCCGACUCGGAUUACCGCUCUGGAGCUACCCCUGUGAAGAGUUCCCGCAAGAACAGCAAAAAAAGGCAACAUGAAGCGAGCAACGAACAGGUUUCCGGUUCAAAUGCCAAACCACAGCCUCGCCAAAACAAGAGGCAGCAGGAUGUCCAGGCGAAGCGAGGCCAGCGCUCGGGUUUGGGACCCGGCGAUGGCCAGUCACCUCCUAAACGGAUCAAGAUCAACACCGGCAAGAGUGUCGAUCGGGUUGCUGAAGAAAUCAACGGCGGAGUCAACAAGCUGACUGAGGUCAUCAAAGAGCAGAAGAAAGAGAUUGAAGCCUUGAAGAGUCCUGCCUCCAACUAUCUCGUUGCGCAGUUGAAUGAGGAAAUCCGGGAUCUGAAGGAAAAGAAUCAAGAGCUACAGAUCCGAAAAGAGGGCCUUGAGGACCUCAUCGAGAGGAUUGGGGUGGACCAUGAACUUCUUUCCAACCGACUUGACAAGUCACGAGACAAGUACCGAAAUUGGUGUGAUGAUGAGAUCCAACGACAAUGGACACGGUUGGCAUUUACAAUCCAGAAUAUGUGCCUCGGCCAGCUCAAGACACCACCACCGAAGGAGGCCAGCCCAGACGAGCCGGAUUUCAUGGCCCUUAUGAGAGAGUACCCUCGCAAGAGGCAUGGAUUUAUGCAGCGAUUCAUUUGGACCGGACUCUACAGAGCCAUAUUCAAAGGCGCCGGUGGGAUCUGGUGUGCACACAUGUCAUCUACUAUCAACACGUGGCGAGUGGCUAUCACUGAGCAAUGUAUCAAAGACCCAUCCAAUGGCCAAACUUAUGGGUGGAUCAAGUCCGAGACAGCACACGAGCUCUUCGACAUUUUGGGGGUUGAUGACGAGGCCAAAACACGCCUCGCCGAUGAUAUUGCAUCCAAGCUUUUACCCCUUGCUACCGAGGGCAAGGAGGACUACUGCAAGGGACAGAUUCUGGCAAUUGUCGACAAGGCGGUUGAGCUCCAGACGAUCUUCAUGAGAUCCAAAGCCCUGUUCACCGUGAAGCUCACAGAGCCUGCUGGACUGACUGAUGAGGAGAUGGAUCGACUCUACUUUGGGGCCCCAGGCGACAAGCUCUAUACGGUAACUCCGGUUCUGACCAAAAUCGGGAACGCAGAUGGCCAUGAUGACAGUUAUGGUGACCGAAUUGUGGUUUAUGAGGCACGAGUUUUGGAUCUGGAGAUCUAG